AUGAGGUUAAGUGAUGAACUUCAAUACUCAAUAUUAUCAUACAAAAACAGAGACCAUUACUCAAAUAGUAAAAUUGCAAAAAAAUUAGGUGUCCACAAAACAAAAGUGGCAAAAACAAUUCAAAGAUAUGAACAAACAGGUUCAAUCAAUGACCAUCAACGUUCUGGAAGUAAAAAAAAGAUUCUUGAAAGAGAUGAAGGUCUAAUAUGUUUCAAAUUUUUAAAUGGUGAGCUGAAGAAUGAAAUUAGCAGUGGUUUGGUAUUAUUCAACAACUGGCCACACCAGAUCAGACUGGUUAGUUAA